AUGGAGGAGAUAACUGAAAGGAGUAGUAGUCAAGAAGAAAAUGGGUCUAUUGGACUUCAUCAAACUAAUGAUAAUAAUGAUAAUAAUGGUAUAGUUGAUCCUGAAGUUACUACUAGUAAUAAACAUGAAUCAAAAAAUGAAAAUAUACCUGAAUGGAUGAAACCUGUAAUGAAUAAUAUGACAUUUACAACGGCUGAAGAAAGGAAAUUAUCACAUUUAAAUUCAUAUUCAUUAUAUCCAACAACUGUACCACCAUUUGCAUUAGAAGAACAAUUUAAAAUUGCAAAAAUUUUAAAAGAGGAUAAUGAUAAUGAAAAGAUAAAUAAUAAGAUUGAUGAUGAUAUGUUACCAUCAAAUGAUCUUGGAAGAUAUAAUUGGACAGAUUUUGCAGAAAAUAUUGGUUCAAAUGUCGCAUAUGCAGAUAAUCAAAAAAUCAAUAUAAUGCCAUCUAAUCGUCCAAAAUUAUCUAGAGUAACCACUAGAAAUUCAAAUUUUACUGAAUCAAUGUCAUUAUCAAAUAGUAGUAUAGACGAAGAAGAAAAAAUGAUGAUAAGGAAAGAAGUUUUACAAGAUUUAAAUGAAGAAUGGGGAGGUGAAGAAAGAUUACAAGCAUUAUAUAAUUUACCAAUGCAAUCUGAUUUUCAAUUUAAGACUCAAAAGGAUCGUAAUGAAUGGGCCACAUAUGUUGCAAGAGCAAAACAAAUUUAUUAUGGUAAAAAUUAUAAUAAAAAAAAUGAUGACAAUAAUAAUGAUAAUGGUGAUGUAACACAACAAUUACGAGCUCCUUUAGGGACAAUCUCUGGACAACAAAGUAUAAGAAGUAGGAAAAUAGAUUGGUUAGAAGAUUUUAAUGCAGAUAAAGAAAGAUGGAGAAAAAUUAGAGAUAAAAAAAUGAAAAAAUGGAUGCCAAAGAUUAGUCGUGUAUUAAUUGAAAAUCAAUAUUUGCCUUUAACCUUUAGAAUUUGCAUAACGGUCCUUUCAUUAGCUUCGUUGGGUCUUGCUGUAAGAAUAUAUCAAAAUUCAGAUGCAAAUAUUGCGAAGAUUGACGGAAAGAUUCCACAGGAACCAAGUACAAUUAUGGCAAUUUGUGUUAAUUCCAUUGCAGUCUUUUACACAAUAUAUAUUGCUGCUGAUGAAUUUUCAGGUCAACCAAUUGGUUUAAGAAAUCCAUUAAGUAAAUUGAAAUUAAUUCUGUUGGAUCUUUUAUUUAUCAUCUUUUCAAGUGCAAAUUUGGCACUAGCAUUCAAUACAAGAUAUGAUCAACAAUGGGUUUGUACCACCGAUUAUAUGGAAAGUGGUCUGUACAAAUUCCCAAGGAUAUCAUAUAUUUGUAGGAAACAAAAAGCAUUAUCCUCAUUCUUAUUUGUAUUAUUAUUCAUGUGGGUUGGUGUAUUCAUUAUUAGCAUUAUAAGAGUCGUCGAAAAGGUUAGUUCGAACUUAUCAAGAAAUUAA